AUGGCAUUUAAUAAAACAGAGAUAAGUCUGUUCUUUGAGCUACUUGGACAGCUGAUGGAAAAGCACAGAUUUGUUGCAAAAAAUAUUUAUAAUUGCGAUGAAACCGGUAUUUCAACGGUUCAAACUCCCGGAAAAAUUUUGGCUGCAAAAGGACAGAAGAGAGUGGGAUCCAUAACCAGUUGGGAGAGAGGAAAAAACAUCACCUUGUUGUGUGCUAUGAGCGCUGCAGGUGGGUACAUUCCACCUAUGUUUAUUUUCCCUAGGAAAAGGUUGAUUUCUCUACUCGAGAAGGAUGGUCCAGCAGGAGCGCUUUACAAAUGCUCAGACAACGGUUGGAUCAAUGAGCAUCUCUUUGUUGAAUGGUUGGCGCAUUUGAAACAGCACGCUAAGUCCAAUCACAUGCAUAUGUUGUCUCUGCCACCACACACGUCUCAUAGAACGCAGCCCCUGGAUGUGUCUUUUUUUGGUCCGCUCAAAAUGGCCUACAAAAAAGAAUGUGACUUAUUUUUAAAAAGCCAUCUUGUAGAAAAUAAAACUCCUUAUGACGUAGCAUCCUUGGUUAGGAAAGCAUUUAAUAAUAUUGCGUCUAUUAGUAAAGGAGAAUCGGGGUUUAGAUCCACUAAAUCCGGAAGUAUUCACUGA